AUGGCGUCACCUCAGCAAAUUCGCACUCCCAUCACCGAUCUUUUCAAGAUCAAGCACCCGAUCUUGCUUGCCGGCAUGAACGUCGCCGCCGGCCCCAAGCUGGCCGCUGCUGUCACCAACGCCGGCGGUCUCGGUGUCAUUGGCGGUGUUGGCUACACCCCAGACAUGCUUAAGGAGCAGAUUGCAGAGCUCAAGGAGUAUUUGGUUGACAAGAACGCCCCAUUUGGUGUCGACUUGCUUCUUCCCCAGGUUGGUGGCAGCGCCAGAAAAACCAACUAUGACUACACCAAGGGCAAGUUGAAUGAGCUCGUCGACAUCAUCAUCGAGUCAGGUGCUAAGCUCUUCGUCUCUGCCGUCGGUGUUCCCCCCAAGCACGUCGUCGAUAGGCUGCACUCUGCCGGUAUCGUCUAUAUGAACAUGAUCGGACACCCCAAGCAUGUCCAGAAGUGCCUGGACCUUGGCGUCGACAUUAUCUGCGCCCAGGGUGGCGAGGGUGGUGGUCACACCGGUGAUGUUCCUACCACCGUCCUUAUCCCCGCUGUCGUCGACCUGUGCAAGAACACCAAGAGCCCUCUCCUCAAUGGCCCCGUUCAGGUCAUCGCUGCCGGUGGUAUCCACAACGGUCAGCUUUUGGCCGCUGCCCUCAUGAUGGGCGCCGGUGCUGUCUGGGUUGGCACUCGUUUCAUUCUCACUGACGAAGCCGGUGCCCCCGAGGCGCACAAGGAGGCCGUCCGCACUGCCGGACACGACGAUAACAUCAAGACCCUCAUCUUCACCGGCCGUCCCCUCCGUGUCCGCAAGAACCCGUAUAUCGAGAACUGGGAGACGGAGCGCCAGCAGGAGAUCAAGGAGCUCACCGCCAAGGGUGUCAUUCCUUACGAGGCCGACCUUGAGAAGCUCAUGAACUCUGGUGACAGCGAGGGCAGCGGCCAGGGCAGCAGCGACGACAACGCGGCCGAGGUCGACAUUGAUGACGCCCUCGACCAGUUCCGCCCCUUCCUCAUGGGCAAGGCCGCGGCCGUGUGUAACGAGAAGAAGCCCGCUAAGGCAGUCAUGGACGAGUUCGUGAACGAUGCCGUUGCAUGGCUCCAGAAGGGCAACAAGAUGAUUGCCAAGUUGUAA